AUGAAAGACAUUGUAGCGAAGAUAUUGGAGAGGAUUUCUAUAACCGACAAAAUCCAUGAAAAUGCCGCCUCCAAGUCAUCCGAUUUAAAAGAUGAGCAUCACUCCAGUCAACGACUAGAUAAAAAUACUCAUUCUGGGAGCAAGUCGUUUUCAGAGUUUUGCAAAAAAACACCCAACAAGUCACCUUAUCUUGUUGAGCCAAAAUACAGAGAGCUGGAGAUAUAUAUAUCAACUCUAGAUUUCCGUAUCGGAAGUCUUCCAAAGACAACCCAGCAGAGGUGGUGUCAAAAUUUCAUUGGGAAACGCAGGCGUUGGAUUCAGACUCUGAUCCGCUACGACGAAGCCGAUAGGAGGUCGAGAGAUCUCAAUGCAUAUAAUCACACUAUUUUGAGGUCGAUACAAGAUCUUAAGAACGACGGGUUUACAGAGAGUCAUUGGCGGAUGGUUGAGAUGCGUCAUGAACUUGCUUGUAGCAUUAAAGUGGGCAGAGACUUGUGGUUUAGGAAGACCCUCGAAUGGCACAACCUCCAAAUACAGGAAGAGACCUAUACCAAGAAACCCAGAGGGUUAAGUGCUCACUUGAACGACGAAUGUACUAAUCAUGUGCCUAAAGUUUUACAGGCAAUAUUUUUCCGAAAAGAGAUCAUGGACAUCCUCAUGAAUCCUCGCCCACUGGCUGAUCCCCUAUUGGGUCAGGUCGAGUCUAGUCAGCUCCUUGGUAGUUGA